UUGAGUCAAUCUUCCGGCGAACUAUCAACCAUUAUUCGACCGCACGACGAUUCAACCGCAGCAAUGAGUUCCGAAGUGCCUCGGACGCAUUAUAGCCCACCAUGGGGAAAUGCAAGUAUCAUUGGUGUUGCAGGGAGCUCAGGUUCAGGAAAGACAUCAUUGGCUCUGGCAAUUAUAGCCUCUCUGAACCUUCCUUGGGUUGUUAUAUUGUCCAUGGACUCCUUCUACAAGCCCUUGACUCCCGAGCAGUCGAAAGCAGCUUUCCGUAACGAAUUUGAUUUCGAUUCACCGGAGGCCAUUGAUUUCGAUGUCCUUGUGGACCGGCUGCGCGAUAUCAAAAACGGCAAAGUCGCGCAGGUACCCGUCUACUCCUUCGAGAAGCACGCUAGGUUAGAGCAAACGACUACUAUAUACUCGCCUCAUGUGCUCAUUCUCGAGGGCAUCUUCGCCUUGCACGAUCAACGUGUUCUGGACAUGCUGGACCUCAAGAUUUUUGCCGAGGCAGACGCUGAUCUCUGCCUCUCAAGGAGAUUGGUACGAGAUGUCAAAGAGCGUGGGAGGGACAUUGAAGGGUGCAUCAAGCAAUGGUUCGCAUUUGUGAAGCCGAAUUUCUACAAGUAUGUCGCUCCUCAACGCGAGAUGGCGGACUUGAUCGUGCCCCGCGGGAUCGAAAAUCAAGUCGCUAUUUCCAUGGUGUCUUCGCAGAUCCGAACUACUCUUGCGCUCAAAUCGUCGCAGCAUCAACAAGAGCUCAAUAGACUUGGUCAGAUUGCCGAGAACAGCCCACUAAGUUCCAGAGCACUGGUCUUGGAGCAGACAAAGCAAGUCAAGGCCAUACAUACUUUACUCAUGGAUCCAGCCACCGAUAGAGAAGAGUUCAUCUUCUAUUUCGACCGGAUUGUAGGAGUAUGUGUGGAGAAGGCUGUGGACUUCCUUCCCUUUACACCUUUUGAAGUCACGACGCCGCAGCAGCACAAGUAUGCUGGCCUGAUGAAAACGGCGGAUAUAUGUGCUGUAGUCAUCCUGCGCGGAGGCUCGGCUUUGGAAACUGGUCUCAGGAGAACCAUUCCAGACUGCCGGACCGGCCGUAUCCUGAUUCAAACCAACUACAGAACAGGCGAGCCGGAGCUUCACUAUAGGGCGCUACCGGAGAACAUUGCAGAGCACGGACUGGUUCUCGUGCUUGAUCCCCAGAUGAGUUCGGGGGCGGCAGCUUUGAUGUCCGUUAAAGUUCUCGUAGAUCAUGGUGUACCGGAGGACAAGAUCGUUUUCGUGACAUACAUGGCGGGACGAGUGGGAGUAAACCGGGUUCUGAGGGUUUUCCCGGGCGUAAGGUGCGUGAUUGCACGGAUGGGAGACGAUAUGGAGAACCGAUGGGUGGAGACAAGGUAUCUCGGGUGUUGA